AUGGCCUCGGGUGGGUAUAACCCAUAUAUACAGAUCAUUGAACAACCCCGGCAGCGGGGAAUGCGUUUUCGAUACAAAUGUGAAGGGCGAUCAGCAGGCAGCAUCCCAGGGGAGCACAGCACAGACAACAACCGAACAUACCCGUCUAUCCAGAUUAUGAACUGUUAUGGAAAAGGAAAAGUGAGAAUUACAUUAGUCACAAAGAAUGACCCAUUUAAACCUCAUCCUCAUGAUUUAGUAGGAAAAGACUGCAGAGAUGGCUACUAUGAAGCAGAAUUUGGACAAGAACGCAGGCCUUUAUUUUUUCAAAAUUUGGGUAUUCGAUGUGUAAAGAAAAAAGAAGUAAAGGAAGCUAUUAUUUCAAGAAUAAGGGCAGGAAUCAAUCCUUUCAAUGUCCCUGAACCACAGCUGCUUGAUACUGAAGAUUGCGACCUCAAUGUGGUGAGACUGUGUUUUCAAGUUUUCCUCUAUGAUGAACAUGGUAAUUUGACGACUACUCUACCUCCUGUUGUCUCUAACCCAAUUUAUGACAACCGUGCUCCUAAUACUGCAGAAUUAAGGAUUUGCCGUGUAAACAAGAAUUGUGGAAGUGUCAAAGGAGGAGAUGAAAUAUUUCUACUCUGUGACAAAGUUCAGAAAGAUGACAUAGAGGUUCGGUUUGCACUGAAUGAUUGGGAAGCCAAAGGCAUCUUUUCGCAAGCUGAUGUACACCGUCAGGUGGCCAUUGUUUUCAAGACUCCGCCGUAUUGCAAAGUGAUCACGGAGCCAGUGACCGUGAAGAUGCAAUUGCGGAGACCUUCUGACCAGGAAGUUAGUGAGCCGAUGGAUUUCAGAUAUCUGCCAGAUGAAAAAGAUACUUAUGGCAAUAAAGCAAAGAAACAAAAAACAACUCUACUUUUCCAGAAACUGUGGAAUGAUUGUGCAGUUCAUUUUCCUGAAAGACCUAGACCUGGUCCCCUAGGAUCAACUGGAGAAGGAAGAUUCAUUAAAAAAGAAUCAAACUCGUUUCCUCAUGGUGCAGUUUUGACAGAAAUGUCCCAGCCAGCAGGGGUUUCGAGUCAAGCAGAACCUUAUUACUCCCCGUCUGUGUCCAUCUCGAGUGCAAUGUCACAUCAUGCCUCAGCCAUGCCCCCACUGGUACUUCAGCCUUCUUCAAGCUGCUGGUCCUCAGAGGCCCACCCUGCCUCAUGCUCAGUCAACACAAAUCCACUGAGUAGUUUUUCAACGGGGACAAUUUCCUCGAAUUCACAGGUUAUCCCAACGUUCACAGAAAUGCCUGUGGAAUUGCAUGCUUCUAAUGCUUGCCUUUAUAACAGUACCAAUGACAUAGGCAGAAUGGAAAUGCCACCCGCUGCCUUCUGUGGCAUUUCUGAUGCCAGCAUGCUGCAGAAUUGCUCUGUAAAUAUGAUCACGCCCAACAAUGACAGCAUGAGGGAGACUGACAGUUCGAGACUUAUGAGAAUGAAUGUUGGAAGUCCCUCGUGCAACUCGGUGUUAGAUCAACAGGAACUGAGACAGCUCCAUCAGAUGUCCUCUUCCAGCAUGUCGGCAGGCGCCAAUUCCGGUACCACUGCUUUCGCUUCACAGUCAGAGGCAUUUGAGGGAUCUGGCUUCAGUUGUGCAGAUAACAGCAUGCUGAAUGAGCCAGGGCCUUCGAGUGGUACUAAUCCAAAUGGUCAUGGUUUUGUUCAAAGUCAGUAUUCAGGUAUUGGCACUCUGCAGAAUGAACAGUUGAGCGACCAAUAUGCAUUUGAAUUUUACCGGGUUGACUUGUAA